AGAACUCGACUUCUGUCACUCGUGGAACAAGACCCGAAAAUGACUUUACAAAUGAUGACAGCAGAAUGCCAACGCCUAAUCAACUUGAAGCACGAUACUGCUAUGGUGGAGUGCAAACGACAGUCGUCUGAAUUUGGUUCAAUUAACACAGUGAAAAGUCCUCCGAUCACCGUUAAGCACACAGCACGUCAGUCUCAGAAUUCAGCUAAACCUCCUUCAGUGUGCUGGCACUGUGGUUCGUGGCAUUUUGUCAAGUUCUGUCCUUUCAAGAAACAUAAAUGCCGUAAUUGUCACCGUUUUGGACAUAAAGAGGGUUACUGUCCACCACAGAAAAAUUCUUCGGUGAAGAACAGAAGUAGUCGUUUCAAGCCGAAACAAUCUCCUCGAAUACAGACCAUUUUCACAACUUCCAAAGUCGAUUUCGCCAGCAAACGUAAGUACAUUACACUACGUAUUAACGGCAAAUCUAUUCGUCUUCAGUUGGAUACGGCAUCAGAUAUCACCUUAAUUUCCCGAACUACGUGGCGCAAACUUGGGUGCCCACAGAUUCUGCCGACCGAGCAUGUCGCUAAGAAUGCCUCUGGAGAUAUACUGAAACUCGUGGGUGAGAUAAAUUGCCAGGUUCAGUUUGGUGAGAAUCAGUUCAAUGGUGUAUGUUACGUCACAAACUACCAUGAUUUGAAUUUGCUUGGUCUUGACUGGUUAGACAAGCUCCAUAUCUUCAAUGUACCAUUAAAUUCAGUAUGCUCUAAUGUUUCGUCCUCACCAAAUAAUGUUGUUCCCGGACAUGUAUCUGAUCAGUCUCUCUUACAACGCCUGCGUCAAAAGCA